UCCGGAUGGGCUGGAGGACGGCGCGUGAAGGGGGUGCUGCAUGCCCGCAGCGGCAGCGCGAGCAGUUCUUCGGGAAGACCCGGGUGCGGGAGGUCACGGCGUCCAGGGGCAGCUAUGAACGUGCCGGGAGCACGGAGCCGCGCGCGCCCGACACCCCGUCCCGGACCGCUCAGACUUUGGGCGCCGGGGUGAGUUCGUGCGGGCCCUGCGCUGCGCGUUCAUCUUCACGCGCCCGGGACGCUGCGUUCACCGUGCAUGGCUCGUGGCCGUACCCGGGGCUCCGCGCCUCGCCAGCUUCCUCCGCUUCUCCCCAGCCUGGGCUCCGGCGCCACCUUCUCGCCGGUCGCCUACUCCGAGCGUCGGGAGCGCGUGGUCGCGCCCCGGGACCCAGUCAAGGGCCUGCGCGUGGCCGAGUCGCGGGCGCAGACCGUGCCAGAGGUUGCGCGGUGAGACUGGGGCCGGGCGGGCCCGGGCCACGCCUGGCGCCCGUUCCACCCUCGCGGGCGCGCGGAGCGCGGGGCGUGGCCAGACCCGGAGCAGAGGCUCAGCGCCCUCCGCGCACGGCGGCGAAGGGCGGCCAAGUUGAGCGAAAAGUUUAAGGACCGAGGUAGCGAAGCGGUGGAGUCGGCGUUUGUCCUGCGCCCCAGUUAUCGCUUAGACACCGGGCUGAGCCCAGGACGAGCUGCGUUCCGCCAUAGGCCACUGUAGGAAACGGAGGUGGCGCCUCCACAGCAAACCGGACCGACUGGGUGGGGCCGGCCGCCCGCCCUGCCCCCUUGAGGCUCGUGGCUCCUGGGCAGUCCGGAGAACUGGGCCACGCAUCUCGUAGCCUCCGCGCCCACUUGGCGCUCGGCUAAAGGAGGCAGCGGCUGGCGGCCGGACUCGGGCUCAACCCUCUCGCGACCCUGGCGCUGCUCCCACGAGCGCGGCGCUCAUCCCGGCAGAGCCGGGCCAUUGGAGGCGCGCGUGGCUAUCCCGGGGGCUCUGGAGUUGGUAGUAGGGGAACCGGCGACUGGGCUGGCUCGAUGUAGGGAUCGCUUGUCCAGAACUUCGUGCCCUGCGAUGUCCGCUCAAGUUUUGGGAUUUUUACUCAACUAGAUUGCCUUCCCUGUGGCAGCUCCCGGGGGGGUGCGGGGCUGGUCCGACGGAGGGUGCCACAGGAUUCUGACUCAUCCAUCGGGCUGGAACCCGAGGCCCCAGCGAGGAAAGCCUGGAGGAAGAGACCCUUCGUUUCUGAGGGUGGGGAUUCAAUUCCAGGACAGGAGCGCCCUUGGCGGCACCGGACCCGGUCUCUCUGGACCUCUGGAAAAACUAGGUCCCCAGCCCGCGGGGCUUCCGGCGAUGCCGGAGCGCGCUGCUCCUGGCGCGUGGUCCGUGGAUAUGGCUGGGCGUCCCUCACCUCAGGGGGCUGCCCCGGAUUCCGCCAGCGCUGUCUCCACUCCCUCAGAUCCGGCAGCUGAAGGGAAUGACGCGGAUGCCCCCAAAGCCCAAGAUCCGGGCAGGGAGGGCGAGCCCCACAGUCGGCACCGCGACGCCUGCCUGGGUAGCACCGAUAAGGAGCUGAAGGCAGGAGCCACCGCCGAGGGCAGCGCCCCGACAGAGCUGGGGACCCUCGGGGUCGAACUUAUGGAUCCAGCCGGUGGCCUCCAGAGCCUGCUCCCACGGCCCUGCCGAGUACUGGUGCUGCUCAACCCGCGCGGGGGCAAGGGCAAGGCCCUGAAACUCUUCCGAAGCUAUGUACAGCCCCUCCUGGCCCAGGCCGAUGUCUCCUUCACACUCAUGCUCACUGAGCGGCGGAACCACGCCCGGGAGCUGGUGCAGGCCGAGGAGCUGGGCCGCUGGGAUGCACUGGUGGUCAUGUCUGGAGAUGGGGUGAUGCAUGAGGUGGUGAAUGGGCUCAUGGAGCGGCCUGAUUGGGAGACCGCCAUCCGAAAGCCUCUGUGUAGCCUUCCAGCUGGCUCUGGCAAUGCACUGGCAGCUUCUUUGAACCAUUAUGCCGGCUACGAGCAGGUGACGAAUGAAGACCUCCUGACCAAUUGCACGCGGCUGCUGUGCGGCCGGCGGCUGGCUCCCAUGAACCUGCUGUCACUGCAGAUGGCCUCGGGGCUGCGGGUCUUCUCUGUGCUCAGCCUGGCCUGGGGCUUCAUUGCUGACGUGGAUAUCGAGAGUGAGAAGUUCCGGCGCCUGGGGGAGAUGCGGUUCACUCUGGGCACCAUCCUGCGCCUGGCGGCCCUGCGCACCUACCAGGGCCGGCUGGCCUACCUCCCCGUCGGACAGGUGGUCUCCAAGAUGCCCACUGCCCGGGCUCUGGACCGGCAGGACCUGCAAGGCCCUGUGGACACCCACCUGGUGCCCCUGGAGGAGCCGGUGCCUUCUCACUGGACUGUGGUGCCGGAGCAGGACUUUGUGCUGGUGCUGGCACUGCUACACUCACACCUGGGCAGCGAGAUGUUUGCGGCGCCCAUGGGCCACAGAGAGGCCGGCGCUAUGCACCUGUUCUACGUGCGCGCAGGCGUGUCUCGGGCCAUGCUGCUGCGCCUCUUCCUGGCUAUGGAGAAGGGCAGGCACAUGGAGUGCAACUGUCCCUACUUGGUAUAUGUGCCCGUGGUGGCCUUCCGCCUGGAGCCCAGGGAUGGGAAGGGUAUGUUUGCUGUGGACGGGGAGCUGAUGGCCAGCGAAACUGUGCAGGGUCAGGUGCACCCAAACUACUUCUGGAUGGUUGGUGGCCACGUGGAGUCAUCACCGUCUCCGGAGCCACAGCCCCUGCCGAGCCAGAAGCCUCAGCAGAUGCCACUUCCAGAAGAGCACUUGUGACCACUCUGUGGGCCUUGCUGUGCCUUAGUCUAUCUACUCAGUCUGAGCCCAGGACCCUCACUCCUUCCCUCAGGACUGGAGGGCCCCUCCCAGCUCAUGUGGGGAGGACUCCUGGAGAAGGGUGGGUAGAGACUGUGCUUUGGAAGGACAGGCUCCGCCCACCAAAGGCAGAGAAUGGAGCCCUGGGCCAGGAGCCCAGCUGGUGGGGCCCCACCGUCUGUGGAAGCCACGCCUUUGUUCUGGAAGCCCCAAUCCAUGAAUGAAGUCCAAAUAAAGUGACAUUCCCA